AUGGAGGAUUUUGAACAAAAAGAGCUCAAGCGCAGAAAAGAAGACUUUAGAGUUGAAAUUAGAAAAAAUAAAUAGGCUAAGACUUUUAGUGCAAACAGAAAAAAAUUGAUCUAAAAGCUAUUUGAAGAAGAAGAAACUACUUCUUCCUCUUCUACUUCAUCUCAAGAAAAGCACGCUCUAAACAGCUCAACUGGAAAUAAUUAGUAGAAUAUAUUUAGCAUUUCCCCAUUCUAAACUAAGGAAUCUCAAGUAUUGAAUCAACAAACUUACUUAAAUUCUAAUUAAUCAAACCUUACUUCUAGCAACAGCUUGAAGGUUUACCUUAUAUAUAGCUUAUAAGAAAUAGAUUAACUUGUAGUUGAAUUUGUAGAUUAUAUUUAAAAAAGCACUCAAUAACUGAUUUAGAAUAAUUCUUAAUAAAUAUAUUUAGAUAACGCUGUUUAAACUGAUAUAUUAAUUGCUUAGAGUUUACUGAAGGAAGUCCUUUAACCUUUAUUGAAGUAUGAGGACCUCUUUAAGCAAGUAAGUGAGAAAAAUUGUCAUUUGUUUGAGUAAAGUUAAGUGCACAUCCGCUUGUUUGAGUAUCUUUAAAAUAUCAUUAACACAAUGCAAUUUGCUAUGUCUUUAGAUUUAUAAGGUGCUGAAGCACUGUUAUGUAAAGUUUUUUAAUACUUAGUCAAUGUUUGCUUAAACUCUGAAAAGGCUUUAGACGAUUGUUUUUCAUUAGGAAUUAUUAAUUACUUUAUCAAUAUUAUGAUUUCUUCUAAUUUCUACAAGCAAAAGUCAAAGAUGAUCUUAUUUUCUGUAAAUUUGCUUGAUCACAUAGCCUCAAGAAACAAUAGCGAGCACAUCAAAAUUUUAGCUGAGAAAGAAAUAACUAGAUAAAUACUCACUCUAAUGACAGAUAUUUAAAAAAGCAUUUAAGAAUAAUAAUAAUAAUUACACUAAAUUUAGUAAUUUGACAUGUAGACUGAAGCAAAUGUAAAUAACGAAUUAAAGAUUGAUAGCUUCUAUCGCAAAUUGUUAGUUCACUUAAGCAGCAUUUUAUCAAAUAUUUCAUCCAACAAAGAUCUUAUUGACCAACCUAAUAAGGAUAUGCUCAUCUAGAUAUGCCAAGAACUUCUAUUCCUAAUUUGUAAAGAUUUAAAUGAGAAAUCAAAACAACUAGUGGCUCUUUAAAAGUUUUAUUAAACUCUCCCUCAUGAGUACUAAAAUUAAGGUAUGAAAAGUAAUUUAGAUGAAGAAGAGGAAGAAUUAAGUGAAGAAAUAAACACUCUUCAAAAAAAAUAAAGAUUCAGACCACCUGAGGAAUAAAAGAUCUACGAAGAAUUAGCAUAAAUUGAAGAAAAUCUUGGAGCUUGUCUUUUAAAUAUUAUUGAAAUGAUGGAAGCUGAUGAUUUAGAUGAAUAUAUUAGCAACAAUAUAAGCUUUUUAGUGUUUUCACAAUCUCAAAUACUACCAGUCGAAGAAUAAAACUAAGAAAAUAGCCAAAGAAUUUAAAUAUAUGGCGAGCUCAUGAAUGGAUUGCUGAUGGGUGAAGAAGAUUAAAUAGAAUUAGUUAUCGACACUUUCUAAAUUUUAGACUAUAUAAAAAAUUUAAUUUACUCUAACUAUAACAAUUUGGUAAUAACAGGACUUAUUUGUCUCUUUGAUAUUUUAAUUUCUGCCACUUAGAGCCAAUUUGAUUAAAUAUGUGAAAAUGAUUAGAAUAUAAUAUGCAGAUUAUUGUAAUUAAUUAAUCAUUAAACAAAUAACACACAACUUUAAGUAGAAUCCUUAAAAACUCUUUCAGCUUUUGUUGACAGAGCACCAAAAUAAAUUAUUGACUACAAACUUCGUCCUACCAAUAUAAUAAAUAUUAUCAUUCAAAAGAUGGAUCCUGAAAAUGAAUCUGCAAUUAUUAAAUCUGCUCUUACCCUAUUAGAGUCUCUUUUAAAAUCAGAAGAAUGUAAUGACAACGAAGAAUUCGAAGAAGAACAUGAAGAUAUAGAAGAAGCUAACCACAAUUAAAUAAACAAAAUGUAAACCUUAAAGCACACAAGCGAUAAUUAUUGGGCUCUUAAAUUCCAAUCUAAUCCUGCAGGCAACAACAUUAUAACAAAACUUAUUAACUCACUUCACUCAACAGACAUAAUUUUACAAUUAAGUAGUAUUCUUGACGAAUACAUUGACUGA